AGGAACGUAGUGUCGGACAAUUAUGCCAUUCGGAAGAAGUCUUCUACAGAAGAAAAGCCUGUUACGAGUAAGUGGAGAGGAAAGAUCUCCAGGGAUUCUUAUCUCAUUCCAUUCCAGUGGCUCAACCAGUAACCAAUGGCGAAAACUCAAAAAUCCAUGGUUUCCCGGUAGAACCCUAUUUCGCCCAAGUUGUUUCGGAACCGGAAAAAAGAAGCGGUUUUUCGCACAGCUUGCUCAUAGUGCAGGUCCCACUUGUAUAUCGUAUUUGGCCGAAGAAGCAUCGGACAGGUUGGAGUUCUUACCUUCUUGGGACUCCAUGGACCAAGAUCUGCUUUUAUUAUAUGGUCAAUACCGAUCUACUUUAGUAGAUCAUAUGGAUGUAGAAAAAGCUUCUAAUUUGGAUGAAAUAGAAACAUCUCUUUUCCAUUUCUAUUUACCCAGUUCAUAUCUUUGUUUUGUGUGUUCCUGGGAGGAAUUCGAUCUCGGAAUACCACCUAAAUAACUACGGCUAGAGAGUCAAAUAGGUCGGGAAGA